GUCACACUCACACCCUUCCGUUUACGUCAAGUCUCUUUCCCUUCUCUCACCAAUGAAGCAUCCAUCGCUACUCUUCUUCUGUUGAUUUGGAUUGGGAGCACAUGCUUUCUGUAUUCUGUUUUCUCUGCCUUUUGAUUUCGAUUCACCUGGCCGCCGUAUCAAUACUGCACCAAGAUUUCGAUCCACAAGUAGACUCAUUCCUUCUAUUCGAGGUUUUCAAACAAAAUAGCAUUAGCUUUCCUUUUUUCGUACCUUAAACCCUUGAAUCCGGAAGCAUGCCUCCUAUGUACACAACUUCAAUUCAAAGAUUCAAUUUCCAAGGCUUCUUCUUUAAUGGCCGUCCGAUUGGUCACAAUUGCCCGAGUAUUGCUGCUUCAUGGACUAUGACAAUGAGGGAUUCUAAAAACUUCUCCAGUGGAAUGAAGAAUACCAUGGAAGACCAUUCAGUUUCAAUGCCACCUACCCAUAAGGGGGAAACUCUAAGGUCUGGCGAUCUCCGUUUCGAUCGAUUGCAACCGUCCGAUCAUGAAUUGGUCGGUGAUAAUAUACUUGAGUUUGGCCAAUUUGUUGCUCGAGAAGCCGUGCUUGAUGAAGAGUAUUGGACAGCAGCCUGGCUAAGGGCAGAAAGUCACUGGGAGAAUCCAACACUUGCACACCAUGACGUCCGAUACAUUCAUAAUUACAAAAUGAGAUUUGCAAACCAGGAAUUUAAUGCUCUAAAGAAGCGGUGCCAAAUGCAAAAUGAGCAGAAAUGCACCUGCAUCAUUGCGGUGAAGAAGGAGCAGAAGAAUGUAAAACGCCCAAUAUUGAAGAGUGUUGUAGGAACGCUUGAUUUGAAUAUCCGAUAUUUGCUGCAAGGAGAGACUUUUCCUGGGGAACGGGCUAAGGCUCCUCGAUUUUCCAGCAUCAACAGAACAGCACCAAGCAGAUAUGGCUACGUUGCAAACGUGUGUGUUGCCAAAUCAGCUCGUCGUCAGGGUAUUGCUAGCAACAUGUUGUCCUAUGCUGUUGAAUCAGCAAAAUCUAAUGGUGUGGAACAAGUAUUCGUUCACGUGGACAGAAAAAACACAACUGCACAGAUGCUGUACCAAAAGAUAGGCUUUGAGAUGGUUGAGAUGGCAAACUCUCGCUUGUUGCAGGAGCAACUAUUCUUGCUUCGUUUGCGGACAUAAAUACUAUGCAUUAUUUUGUUUCUGAACAACCGUAAAGUUCCAAAUGGCCUUAGCUUCCGUCUCUCCACGAUUAUUGGAGGUAUAACGUUCUAGAUUGUGCUGUAAUUAGCUUUUCAUUUUAUUUUUCUCCAUUGUAAAGGAAAAUGGUUUGUCAGUCUAUUAAUGAAUCAAGUUUCAGAAAGACCAAACAUUGUAUGCUUUCAGAGGUUGAUGAAAGCCAUCAGUGUCACCCCCAAUGAUAAUAAUCAGAACACUGGUGCUUGCCUCCGGUUUCUGCAUGUUCCUUUUUAUA